AGAAGAAGGACCAAGCAAAGCAAAGAAAGUAAAUAUAUUCUGAGAAAAUCCUUUAAAAGAACAUUUAUAUAUUUAAAACAUUUAAAUCUUAUCCGUCUCCUCGAAAUCGUCAAACUGUUGUAAGAAACCUACGAAAUAGCAAACUUAAAAACAGACACAUUCAUAGAUCCGCUUCACUAGACCACCAAAACGACAAAACUGAUCACCGAGUUUAACGUACGAAAACCUGUCGGAGUAAAACUUUUUUCUGUUGUCGUCAUGUUUGGUGGAGGAAGAGGACCCAUGGGUGGCGGCGGAGGGAUGCUACGCGCCGCUGGACGCGCGAUGACGAGAACCGGCGUAGCCAACGGCGGAAUUCAAGAUCCCUUCGCUUCAUCUCCGGCGUCUUCGUCGACAACUCCGGCUGGAAACGCAUCUGUUGCACAUGGUGAUCAUAAACUCGGAUCUUCUUCUGGGUCGAACAACCUGACGCUUUCUGCCGCGUCAGGGUCGCUGUUGAAUUUUCCGGUGGCUGCGACCACCGGAUGGAGCGGCGGAGCUUUUUCGUUUAUCAACUCCGGUGCUUAUGAAGACUUUGAGUGGGUUUCGGAGGAAGGAACAGAGGAAGAUGACUCUGUUUUUGGCUCUGUUCCUUCUGUUGAUGAAGUCCAUGAUGCUGUCUCUGCUCUCCAGCAGGUUUUCGAUGGAAGUUCGUUUUCUCAGCUGGUUAGAGACAAAUACGAGAGCUAUCCUGAAAAUGGUGGGGGAAACCAGAGCCCCGUAGCGACAGGAAUGGUUCAUCAAGCUCCUUCAUUUGGGUCUGAUUCGGACUGGAUGGAGCCUUCGGUGCAGCUGUGCCAUUCAAGAGUCUUACAGCCUCAUGCUUAUGAUCAGGUUUACAAUGCUUUUGACCUUCUGCGUACCGAACCAUCUGUCCAGAGAAUGGUAAUAUCAUUGUCAUCUGACAAAGCAGUGUGGGAUGCGGUGAUGAACAACGAGGUUGUGAGAGAGAUUAAGGAUCUCUACAACAAUGGCAUAAGUCAAGAUGAGGAGAUUUCGGAUGAAACUCCCGGGGAGAAUAACGCAGCAGUGGAUUUCAUAAAAUGGGUGUUUGACAACACAAUGGUUAAGGCCAACGAAGUGUUUAAGAAAAUAACAAGGCUCGUCAUAGAGCUCUUAAAUAGUCACAAUGAUGACGGUGUUAACAAAAAGGGGAAAGAUGCCAAGUUCAACAAUUGGCUCGAGGAAAAGCUGAAGACUUCGGUCUUGCUCUCCAUCGUGGUCAUGCUGGUCGUUAUGGUGUCCCGUGCCUGCAACAAGUCUUGAUCGUUUCAAAAUUUGUCGACAAUACAUUUCGUCUUAAUACACUUUCUUUCAAGUCAUGUUGUGGUUUGUUUUGGUAAUGUCUGGUUUUGCAUUCCAUUGUUGACGUUGUAGACGGUGUACUCAGUUGCGCUUUCUGUCAUAAAGAACUCUGAAUAAGAGUUUGCUUUUCUAUCACCAA